AUGGCCCGGCGCUGGUGGCUCGCAGCGCUGCUCCUAGCGUGCGCGGCCGCGGAGGCGCCGCUGCGCUGGGAGCCGCGGUGCCGGCAGCGGCUCCGCCACCUGCAGGACGGCGCCAGGAUCGCGGCGCGGCUGCCGCCCCGCCUCGACGGCCACUGGGUCUCCACCGGGUGCGAGGUGCGGCCGGGYCCCGAGUUCCUCACCAGGUCCUACCUCUUCUACUCCAACCGCCUCUUCAAGGCCCACCAGUUCUACUACUGGGACCCAUCGUGCCGUGAGCCCUCCUACUCCCUGGUCAUCAAGGGCAAGGUGCGCCUGCGCCAGGCCUCCUGGAUCACGCGCGGCGCCACCGAGGCUGACUACCACCUGCACAAGGUGGGCAUCGUCUUCCACAGCCGGCGCGCCAUGCGGGAGGUUGCCGCCUGGGUCAACGGGACAUCGGGGCCAGGCUGCAGUGGCUUCCUGCCCGCGGGGCGCAGCUGGGCGCCCGGAGCGCUCUAUGAGGUGCUGAGCGCCAAGACGGAGCGUGACUGCACGGCCGCGCUGGGCUUUGCCAUGCACGAGCUAAGCCUGGUGCGCGUGGAGCAGCACUACCAGGCGCUGCCGCGGCCCGGCGGGCGCCUCGUGGAGGAGCUCUACCUGGGGGACAUCCACACCGAGUGGCGUGAGAGGCUCCACUACCGGCCCACCGGCUACCAGCAACCUCUGCAGAACGCUCUGCACCACGUGCAUCCUUGCCCAGCCUGCGGGAUUAUAUACAGAGCUGAUGAACACCAUCCACCCAUCCUACCUGUGCGAGCAGAGCUGCCCAUGCAGCUGAGCGGCAGCUGGGUGAGCACCCACUGCGAGGUCCGGCCCGCCGUGCUUUUCCUCACCAGAUACUUCAUAUUUCAUGGGAGCAAUCACACCUGGGAAGGUUAUUAUUACCACUACUCCGACCCGCUGUGCAAGCAGCCGACUUUCACCAUCUACGCRUCUGGGCGUUACACUCAAGGCAUCCCCUCCUCCAAAGUGAGGGGUGGCACCGAACUGGCUUUUAAGGUCACCCAGGCUCGGGUGACACCGAUGGACCAGGUGACAGUGAUGAUGCUCAACUCCUCGGAGCCGGGAAGCUGCGGGCUCACAAACUCCUGGCACGCUGGGAUGGAGCAGGAUAUAACACCCACAAAUGGAUGUUUGGCUUUGGGCAUCAAGCUGCCGCACACAGAGUAUGAACUUUUCAAAACAGAGCAAGACGCCAGAGACCRCAGCUUGCUGUUCAUCGGCGAAAGGCCCACGGAUGGAUCCAGCCCCGACCGGCCGGACAAGCGACCCACGUCGUAUCAAGCACCUCUCAUUCAGUGCGCUGGGGCCUCCGAGGAGUUCUCUGAAUAUAUUAGUCUGAAAUACUUGGGAAAGCCGGAUGCUAGUGGGAAUGGAGCACUAAAACCUUUGCCUGUGGCCUUUUUGUUGUUUAUAGCACUGCAAUUUUUGAGAUGGGACUAGCUCUCUAUUCAGGUACAGCACAGAAUUCACAUAGUCCUGGUGCUAGGAUGAUUUUAUAUCCUUCAAGUGAUCACAUCUGGAAUAAGUUUUACUUAGAUUUGAAAACAUUCAAAAGAAAAGAAAAAGAAAAAAAAAAAAAAAUGAACAAAGCCAAGAAGAUAAGCCUGACUAUAUACUGUUUGUCCUAUGGCUUUAUCACCUAAUCUUCCCUCUUCUUUGCCUACAAAUCUAAUGUAGUGACAUGGAUGCAUUGUACAUUGCAAUAGAUAAUUUAGCAAUAAGAGAGAAAAAGAGCUACAACCAGUUACAAUUGCUGCUUUGAACUUUUGACGCUCCUAAGAUAUAAUCAAGAGCUUGAUUCAGAUGCAAUUCAAACAUCCAAAGUGUUGGCUGCUGACUUUCUUUGAGGUUAAGGUCCCUCCCAUUCUACUCAUUGCUGUUCUUGCAAAUUUAGAUCUAUAGCAUCAGUCAGCAAGAGAGUCAGCAAAUGGUCUAGAUAAGGGCACUCUCAAUCAUUCCUUACUCAGUUUACAGACUUUUCCUGCAGUUUUCAUGUAUAUGUAUACAUUGGUGCAACACACAGUUUUCCAUCUAGUUAUAUGAAAAAAAAAAAAAAAAAGUGCUCCCUGGACAAACUGCUGGGCCUGGCCAUGAUCAGAUUAGAAGCUGCAUUAAAUGAAAGAGGCCACUGUGUCCAUCUGCUCCCAGCUUGCAGCAUCACAUAGCUGCAGGCACUGCGUCCAUGUUGCGUUAUUCUGCCUUUCCCCUCCCUCGUACUGUCAUCUGCUUUGGGAACGUGGCAGCAGCCACCACGUUCCUGCUGCCCCUGUGCAGCCAGCCAAGGACCACCAGGCAGUCGGGGCUCCUGCUCAUCCUGUAUCUCCUGGUACCAAGGAUCCCUUCAAUGCAAACCUUCUCAGGCUGUGUAUUUUCACUGCWUCCCCUUUAGUAAAUGUUCUGGCUCUAAUCUAGCUCCCAAUCCAGCCACAUUCAUGUAAAGAUGUUUCAUAAAUUUGCCGCUGGUGAACAAGGCAUUGAGGAAAUACUCUAAGUGCAUCAGGUCAUGCUGG